AAUCAUGGUGAGCUCUUCUUGCCCAGCAGGUCCUCAGAGGUGGCCAGUGCUGCUGAAACCAUGUGGAUUACUCUGGUGCUCGCCCUCUGCGGCCUCGCUGCCGCCGUGCCCUCGGAGGACAGGAAGCUGAGCGACAAGGCAACGACGUUGGCCGACCGCAGCACGACGCUGGCCUUCAACCUCUACCAUGCCAUGGCGAAAGACAAGAACAUGGAGAACAUCCUGCUGUCCCCAGUGGUGGUGGCCUCAUCCCUUGGCCUCGUGUCCCUGGGGGGUAAGGCCACAACUGCCUCCCAAGCCAAGGCGGUGCUCAGCGCAGACAAACUGAACGAUGACUACGUGCACAGCGGGUUGUCCGAGCUCCUGAACGAGGUCAGCAACAGCACAGCUCGCAACGUCACCUGGAAGAUCGGCAACCGCUUGUACGGCCCGGCCUCCAUCAACUUCGCCGAUGACUUUGUGAAGAACAGCAAGAAACACUACAACUACGAGCACUCCAAGAUCAACUUCCGAGACAAGAGGAGCGCCCUGAAAUCCAUUAACGAGUGGGCAGCCCAGACCACGGAUGGGAAACUCCCAGAGGUCACGAAAGACGUCGAGAAAACCGAUGGGGCCCUCAUCGUCAAUGCCAUGUUCUUCAAGCCUCACUGGGAUGAGAAGUUCCACCAUAAGAUGGUGGAUAACCGUGGCUUCAUGGUGACCCGUUCCUACACCGUGGGAGUUCCCAUGAUGCAUCGCACUGGUCUCUACAAUUACUAUGAUGAUGAGACAGAGAAGCUCCAGGUGGUAGAGAUGCCACUUGCUCACAAGCUCUCCAGCAUGAUCUUCAUCAUGCCAAACCACGUGGAGCCUCUGGAGAGGGUUGAGAAACUGCUGAACAGGGAGCAGCUAAAAACCUGGGCUGGCAAGAUGAAGAAGAGAUCAGUGGCCAUCUCGCUGCCUAAAGUCGUCCUGGAAGUCAGCCACGACCUUCAGAAACACUUGGCUGAUCUGGGCCUGACAGAAGCCAUUGACAAAGCCAAGGCUGACCUGUCAAAGAUCUCUGGCAAGAAAGACCUUUACCUGUCCAACGUCUUCCACGCUGCUGCUCUUGAAUGGGACACGGAAGGGAACCCCUACGAUGCUGACAUCUAUGGCCGAGAGGAGAUGAGGAACCCCAAGCUUUUCUACGCUGACCACCCCUUCAUCUUCAUGAUCAAGGACACUAAAACCAACUCCAUCCUCUUCAUCGGCAGGCUCGUGAGGCCCAAAGGGGACAAGAUGCGUGAUGAGUUGUAGUUAGUUGAGGGGUUUUUUUUUUUUGUGGGGGCCUUCAAAAAAAAAAAAAAAAGGGGAAACACUAUUUUGUAUCCUUCUCGAACUAUGGGUGCUAUUCAGACCAGGGUGCAUUGUGACAAGAAACCAGCAUACACUUUUACCUCACCCCAAAAUACUUAUUGCACAAACCCACCUCCAGAGAGGAACAGGGCAGCCUGGCACAAGAGGGGUCACCAGGAGUGGAAGGGAACUGGCACGCACUGUCUCAGCUGAGAUCUUCAGGCUGAUGCCUAGCUCUAGAGUUUAGCCCCCUGCUCAGUACCUUGCUGCUGCCAUCAGCCCUGCGAAGGGACAAGGCCUCCAUCUUGCCAUCUUAACCACUUCUGCACGUUGACCUCUGCCACUUUUCUCCCUCUGAUCGCUUUGCAGUUGUUCUUUGCUUCUCUUUUUCUAUCAUCAGAGCAUGAAGGGCCAACUCCGUGGUCCAGUGCCAUCCAUGGCAGCAGAGUAGGACUGUAACAGCACAGAAGAACAAAGAUUGUAUGGAGUUGUGCCCUUCUGUCCUCCCUAACCCUGCUUUGGAUGACUGUUACAUCAGGUCAUCAGCUCCGUAGCUAGAAUCAUAGAAUGGUUUAGGUUGGAAGGGAUCUUGAAGACCAUCUAGUUCUAUGGGCAGAGACACCUCCCACUAGACCAGGUUGCUCGAAGUCCCCUCCAACCUGGCCUUGAGCACCUCCAGGGAUGGGGCAGCCACAGCUUCUCUGGGCAACCUGUUCCAGUGUCUCACCACCCUCACAGCAAAGAAUUUCUUCCUAAUAUCUCACCUAAAUCUCACUGCAAAGCCAAGCACAGCUUCGCUCAACGCUUCAAAAGUAGCUUAGGAGUGUCAGCAGAGAGGCCAGAAAGCAGAUGAUGGGCUUCUAGAAAGAUAAACCUGAGGUCCCUUCAACACUUGCAUGACAGAAAUGGCUGGGCUCUAUCCCUCUGAGGAUCACCAAGGGGACUCUUGGGCCAACAUCUGGGAUUUAACAUCCUGUACCAGGCAAAGAGAGGAAAAUCCAUCUCUCGUGGUGCUUCUGCAUCAACACAUUGGGUUGGGAAAGAGACAGUUACCACUGUGAAGGUUCUCCCAGUUAUGACUGGGGCUGAUAGAUCAGCUCCCAUGGCAGCCUGAGGAACUGGGUUCUCCCAGGGAGAUGGUCCAGGUUCACUUAUCUUUAAAUACAAAGCUUUAGAGCUGACUUCCUAAUGACCUUUUUCCUGAAGCUCCUCUCCUCCAUGAUACUUUAGCUCCCUGUUGGCUGACCUGGGUAAGGGCACGCUGAAAAACAAAUGUAUUUAUAGUUAUACUCAUAUUUAUGUCCGAUAAUUAGCAAGUUUCACAGCCCACUCCAGCCUAGACUUGGAGGCUAUUCCCAUCUUCCUCUCUUUAAGGGAUAUCAUCAGGUUAAUACCUUUUAAACUGAUUCUGUGAUCACUAAAGCAUGUGUCAGGUAAAGCUUGCUACGCACUGAGAGACAUCAUAAAGCAAGCAAUGACAAGAUUAUUGAGUCGAGAGAAAUCUGGGCAUUGCAAUCGAAGUGCCAGUUAUUUAAAACCAGUGACCCCACUGCUUUUCUCUGUUUUUAUUUCCCUGACAAGGUGCUUACUGUCAGGUUGCUACGUAGAAGCCCGAUACUGCAUUUCCUCAGACCAUUCCCAUUUAUUUAUUAAGUUACAACAAAAGUCUCUUAUUAGGUGCUUCCUACAGGCAAAAAAAUACAGCAGCUCACACUCCCAAAUUUGACCUGAAGUACAAAACAGCUCAUCCAAGUCUUAAUUCCUACCCAAGCCAGCCAGAAUGGGAGACUCUUCUCCUCAAGCCUCUUCCCAAAUCCUAAUUCCCAGGUGUUUUCCCCACUGUGUCGGGAGGUAGGAGGCCAUCCACAGGGAUGUACCCAAGUGCACAGGAAGCCUGAAGCCCCGUGUGUAUGUGAGACACGACCCAGUGAAUCCACACACACAGGAACCCACACGCAUGUUCUGGAGGAUGGGGGGGUGGGUGGGUAAAAAAAGGGGUGGGGGUAAGGCAAAAAAAAAAAAACACACUGUGGGAUAUUGUGAAUAAUUUGCAUCGUGUGGAUGCAGGCGUCUGAUGGCUUUUAUUGUCUGUUCUUCUACCACACAGUGACUGUUGUAUAAUUUUGCAAUAAAAACUUUUUUUUUUUUUCAAUGAA